AUGGCUAAUACAGCUCAAGUCGAACAUGAAAUAUCAUUAUUAGUUAAUUUUAUUCGUUCAAUUGGUAAACAAAAUUCUUCAACUGGUAAAUAUGAAACAACAUUUGGUGAUUUAUUUCGUAAUGAUGAAGUUCAAAAUACAUUUGAAAGUUUAGCUGGAACAUUAAAAGCUGCUAAACGUCGUAAAAUAAUUAGUUAUUCAUCAGAAUUACUUCUACAAGGUGUUCAUGAUAAAGAAUUAAUUACAUUAGAAAAAAAUGAUAAUUAA